ACGAAAGGUAUUCCAAACUUUUGGUUUACAAUAUUUCGAAAUACUGAAUUGCUUGGUGAUAUGCUUCAAGAACAUGAUGAACCUGUUCUAAAAAAACUAAAUGAUAUAAAAAUUAAGUACGACGAUGAGCAUUCCUAUACACUGGAGUUCUAUUUUGAUAAAAAUGAGUACUUUUCGAAUGAAGUUCUCACGAAGCAAUACUUCUUGAAAGCAAUGGUUGAUGAAGACAAUCCAUUCGGCUUUGAAGGACCCGAAAUUUACAAGUGCAAGGGAUGUCCGAUUAAUUGGGAAAAGAAAAUGAAUCUCACCAUCAAAACAAUUAGAAAGAAACAAAAGCAUAAGGAACGAGGCACCGUCCGUAAUAUUGUUAAACAAGUACCGAACGACUCAUUUUUCAAUUUUUUCAAUCCUCCUGAAGUACCGGAAGAUAAGGAUGAAAUGGAUGAAGAAACUCAAGGGAUUUUAGCAACAGACUUUGAAAUAGGUCAUUUCCUGAGGGCUAGAAUCAUUCCUAAAGCUAUACUUUAUUACACCGGAGAUAUUAUUGAUGAUGAAGAUGAUGAUGAUGGGGAAUACGAUGAUGAUGGUGAAGAUGAUGAGGAAGAUGAGUCUGAUGAUGAAGCGGUUGAGAAAGAAAAACGCAUUAAAUCAAUAGAUGAUUGUAAAAAUCAAUAAGAUAUGUUGACAACUACUUGCAUUAAAUCAUUAAAAUUCGAAAUUAAUUUUUUGUAAGAAUUUUGUAAAUGAAGCUCUAAGCGCAAUUAUUAUUAACAAUUGAACUUUGAAACUUCUUUUUUGGAUUUUGAAUGGGGGAACACGUUUGGCGAUAACGCUCAUAAUGCUUAAUACCGUGGGACUUUAAAAAUUAGUUUAUUUCUUAAAGGGAUUCAAAAUAUGGUAGUGAUAGGAGAUUUAAUUUUUUAUCGGUGGUUUAUAGAAAUCAAAAACUCGCCGAUUCAACUAACAAAAAAUAUGCUUUCAAACACAUUUCACAUCAAUAAUUGUAUUUGCAAAAUUUAUCAUUUACUGAAGUUUUUUUUUACAAAUAAAGGCUGUCUUCGGUAAACGCAUUAA